CAACCGCUACGUAUUUCUCAGAAAAAUUGCAAUUUUUAAGCAAAUUUUAUAUAUUGCAUGCAUUUUUAUUGAAUUUGAAGCUAAAAAAUUUUGUAACUCAAAAUAUUCGCAGAAAAAUCGAAAAGGACCUCUGAAAAAUUGUGAGAGCCAUGUGACACGAAUACGAAAAAGGCUUCCAGACCGUCAAUGUGACAGAAAUGUUUUCUGCCAUCACGACGAUCCUGCGCUACAGCGGAGCCGAUACGACUACGACGCGUGAUAAGGAAUCAGUGAUAUAGCGACAAGCGCAUUAAAAAUGUGCGCGAGAUGGCCAGCUCGCCACCGAACCCAAGAGAAGACGCGGAGGGCGGCUCCGAGUUUACGGAGGGGACGAGCAGCCAAAACACGGCCGCCUCGCAGAAGAUCUUCAUAGCACCAUCUGCAGAGCAGAUACCUACGAAACUAGAGUUCGUAGCUCGCGGAGGCACCGGACGCAGUAUAAAACACACGUUUCGAACGGUCAAAGUCGCCAGAAGAGUACCCACACUGCCGCCAAAGAAAAUCGAGGGUGCGUCUGGCGGGGCGAGCGGGUCGGGGGCGCCCAGCCAGCCUUCGCCCGACCGCCGAACGAUCCGGCCGCGCUACAAGCGACACAUCUGUAACGUAUGCGAUAAACGGUUUUCCAGCCCGGGUAAGCUCAGCCAACAUAUACUCUCUCAUACUGGAGAACUGCCAUUUUCAUGUGAUCUAUGUGAAAAGCGUUUCAAUUCCAAGUUUAAGCUAGUGCGUCAUAGUCUUAUUCACAGUGAAUCUAGAGCCUUUGCAUGCAAAGUUUGUGGUAGGACUUUCAAUCGUAAGGACCACCUUACAAAUCAUGAGAGGGUGCACAAUCCCGUUAAGAUACACUACACAUGUGAUUGGCCAGGCUGCAGAAAAUCUUACACAUCUUUGCUCAGCUACCGUAAACAUGCAGCUUUACAUUCUGCUGAGGAGGGAAACUUGCAAUGCAAAAUAUGUGAUCAAACGUUUACUUCACAACAGGAUAUAGUCUAUCAUCUAAAAGUACAUACGGGCAGUCGCACUGUAAAGAGUGAAUGUGAUAAGAAAUUUGUAUGUGAUCACUGUGAGAGGAGAUUCUUUACUGCUAAAGAUGUCAGGAGACAUUCCGUCGUUCACACUGGUAGACGAGACUUUUUAUGUCCUCAUUGCCCCCAGAAAUUUGGUCGAAAGGAUCACUUAGUGAGACAUGUUAAAAAUGCUCACCCAGAUGAAUCAUGGAGGUCGGCCGCUGUAGGUACUUCGAAGGAUCCACCUAUAGAAACUACAAUGAAAGAAAGCUAUGCACAAUAUACUGUAGAAACUACUGAUUUUGAAAUUUGGAAAUCCUUGCCAAAGGAGGUAAGUCAAGAAAGUCAAACCGGCGUGCCGGCCUCGGAUAUAGCGGUUGAAGUUCCAUGUAUUGAUAUUAAAGUAGAUCCUUUGAUAAAAACGGAAGAUCCUCUAGAAAUAAAAUUGGAGCAACCGACCUCACCGAGUAGUGAAAUUCUAGAAUUGUUUUUAGUGUCACCCGAAUAUACACAAACGCCAACGGACUUGCCGUAUAUCACAACACAACCACUGUCUGACCAGUUAGAUUUACUCACACGAGACAGUGUGGAUUCCUUAUUGAUCGACCCUGGGGAGGGAACCUCUGGACUUUCCAGUCAAAUGCUAGGAAUAUUAAAUGAAAGUGAACAGACUUUUGUUAGUGAAGAAAGUCAUGGGCAGCAGAGGCUUCCUGCUUUCACGCAAGCGUUCCAAACUGCACAGAGUCCGAAGCCACCGCUCCCUCCUCCGCCACCUCACUAAGUUUAUCCGUAUACAUUGAUUUCCAAUGCUGUUACUAAUGAACUACCUCACUAGGUAAGAUAACUGAGCUCGAUUAAUUUAAUUGAAACCAACAUUUACAGUUAGUAGUAGUACUUUAUUGAAACAAUAGAAAUAUGCUUCCGAAUUCUACAUGAAUAUGUGAUCUAGUCAUGUAUGUACUUUCGGAAUUGUAGGUUUAUGUAUAGUGGAUAUGUGUAACCAUGAUUGGGAGUAUAAAGGGGACCAACUCCACGAGCAACUGAAGUAACGUCUCAGCUGGAGGCUUUGUUUGGGGCAGAGAUGUGAGAUAGCAGGGUGUUAUGGGGUUACUCAGCUCUUACAAAAGCAGUAGGCUGUAUUAUAUGUUUCUGAGUGUCUUACUGCUUUUUAACUUGAUGAUAGUACAACUAGAGAGCUAGAACCCUUCAUGGAUAAAAAGAUUAUAUAGGCAAGUUGUGGGCUAAGUUGAUUCAUAAAGUAAUAAAAAUAUACAGAUCUGUCUUGAGUAGUCCAAAACAAGUUUUUUUUUACAAGUUAAGUUAUAGUUUACUACCCCAACAAACAGUAUACAGGAUUUAGAAAUAGUUUAAAUAUAUACCUCAGAAGCAAAUAAGUAAAAUAUCUGUUUAAUUGACUGUAUUAGGGGUCAUUUCAUUUUAUUAAUGAAUAAUGGACUAAUGCAGUUAUAAAAUAGAUUUUUUUGCUUCCCUAGCAUAAUAUACCAAUUGGGUCUGCCUUUAUUAAAGGAACACUAGUGACUAGUGUACCUAUUAUAAUAUAUUUUAAAAUGUAAAUGUGCCAAAUACAUUCUGGACUAUUCUUUUAAAAUAUAAGCACUAAGCAUCAAUAUAAAUUGAUGACUUAAUAAAAUCUCUUAUCAUGUAAAUUUAUAUACGUAAUGAGAAAAAUUUAAAUAUUUUUGUUGUCUUUAAUUGUAUAGAUUUUUCAAAUUAAGAUGUCUAAACAUUAGGUUAACUUUUUUGAAAUGGAAGGGUUUAUAACAGCAUUAUUAGGUGCCUUACAUUUCUCUUAUAAUAAUAAUAAUUUAGUGGUUUUUAUUGGCAUUGUGUGUAGCUAGUGUUGUCAUCUAAUAUAAAAAAAUAAAUAUUAUGUAUACUUACUAAAUUAGAUUCUACUCAUGAAGAAAAUAUCAAUAAGGAUGCAAAUUGAGUUUUAAAUUCAGGACAGCAAAGGACAGCAGUAAUUUCAAACAGAUAAUAAAAUCAUGAGUAGAACAUAAAUUUAAGUUUCAAUAUAUUUAGUUAACCAUUGAAAUAUAUACAAAAAUAAUUUGAAAUUUAAAAAAAAAAACAACCCAAUGUAAAAUAAUUUUAAGUUUAUUUUUUAAACAAAACCUUAUAAAAAUGAUGUUUGGCGUCUAGUAAUUGCAAAGCAUUUAUGUGUUAAAGAGAGAUCCAACGUUGUACACGCUUCAUAUUUUAGAACAUGUAAAUAUAUUUCUAAUCUUUUAGGUUAAUAGGACUGUAAAAAAUUUUAUCUACCUCAAUUGCAACUUAUUAUUAUGUCUAGAAGUUAAACUACUAUGUUAGGUUAGUGACAGAAUUAGAAGUUUUUUUUUAAUGAGAAAUACACACAACCAUGGGCUGGUUUAUAAUUAUAAAUACAAAACUCUUGUGUUUAAUUUAAUGUUACUGUGUGCUGCAAUAUGAACAUA